CGGGGUUUAAUAGUUGUUGUCAAGAGAAUCCCAGUGCUCUGUGCCGGAGGGAUGUGGAGGUGAUGGGGAUCCGGGGAGGUUCCUCUUCAUUUUAGGUGAUAUUUACCCUUCCCCAACAAGAAUGACUAAAUCUGUAGUGCCUGUAUUUGUUGAUCGUAAUGAAAUUGUACCUCAACUUGGACACAGAGACACCCUCCUCUCCCUAGUUCCCUCAAGAGGAGAAACAGUUUUCACCUCUGGAUGUUUUUGAGGUUUCUUGGAGUCUCUGUGGAGCCCCUGGGCCAGAUCCCGUAGUGAAGGCUGCAGGAUCUUCCUUCUGGCCCCAGCAUCUCUGGUUGAGUCCACAGGUGCCCACCUGACGUCGGGUUCCUGGGAGGAGUGGAGUUGUCAGCAAGAGAGCCCAGGUACUGAGGCCCAGGGGGAAGAUGCCAGCCAACCGGAACGCUCCUGGGCCAUCCCUGGCCCUGACUACAGGGGGACGUGGCAACUCCUGUGAGGUGUCAGUGUCCUUUGAGGACGUGACUGUGGACUUCAGCAGGGAGGAGUGGCAGCAACUGGACUCUACUCAGAGGCGCCUGUACCAAGACGUGAUGCUGGAGAACUACAGCCACCUCCUCUCACUGGGGUAUGAAUUUCCCAAACCAGAGGUCAUCUUCAAGUUGGAGCGAGGAGAGGGGCCGUGGACGUUGGAGGAGGAAACCCCAUAUCAGAGCUGCUCAGAUGGAAAGUUUGGGAUUAAGACCUCACAAAAAAGAAUUUCUGGAAAAGUUUCAUUUCAUAGUGAAAUGGAGGGUGAAGAUACAAGAGAUGAUUCACUGUAUUCCAUUUUAAAAGAACUGUGGCCAGAUGCUGAACAGAUAAAAAGCUAUCAGGAAAAACAGAACAAACCUCUGAAUCAUGCUGCUUUCAUCAAUAAGAAAAUAUUGAAUACAGAGUGGGAUUAUGAAUAUAAAGACAGUGGAAAAUGUGUUCAUCCAGGCCCAAAUCAUAUUCCUUCACAGAAAAAACCCCAUAAACGUGACUCAUUUGGAAAGAGUUUAAAGCAUAAUUUAGAUGUACAUAUUCAUAGUAAAAACAAUGCAACAAAGAACUUUGAUAAAAUUAUUGGACAUGGUCAAGUUUUCACCCAGAGCUCUUCUUAUACUAACCAUGAAAAUACACAUACAGGAGUGAAAUUCUGUGACAGCAAUCAGUGUGGAAAAGUCUUCAGCCUCAAACAGGCACUCAGUCACAAUCUGAAAUUUCCUGUUGGGGAGAAAGAUAUGUGUACUGAACUUGGGAAGAUCUUCACCCAGAGGUCACACCUCUUCGCACCUCAGAGAGUUCAUACUAUGGAAAAACCUCAUGAGCUUAGCAAAUGUGUGAAUGUUUUUACACAGAAGCCACUACUCAGUAUAUAUUUGAGAGUUCAUAGAGAUGAAAAACUAUAUGUGUGUUCUGAGUGUGGGAAGGCAUUCAUCCAAAAUUCAGAAUUAAUUAUGCACGAGAAAAUUCAUACUCGAGAAAAACCCUAUAAAUGUAGUGAAUGUGGAAAAUCAUUUUUCCAAGUGUCAUCUCUACUUAGGCAUCAGACAACCCAUACUGGAGAAAAACUUUAUGAAUGCAGUGAAUGUGGGAAAGGCUUCUCCCUGAACUCAGCCCUCAAUGUACAUCAGAAAAUUCAUACUGGAGAGAGACACCACAAGUGCAGUGAGUGUGGGAAAGCCUUUACCCAAAAAUCAACACUCAGAAUGCAUCAGAGAAUUCAUACAGGAGAGAGAUCCUACAUAUGUACCGAAUGUAGGCAGGCCUUCAUCCAAAAGGCACACUUGAUUGCACAUCAAAGAAUUCAUACUGGAGAGAAGCCUUAUGAAUGUAGUGACUGUGGGAAAUCUUUCCCUUCUAAGUCACAGCUCCAGAUGCAUAAGCGAAUUCACACAGGAGAGAAACCCUAUAUAUGCACUGACUGUGGGAAGGCCUUUACUAACAGGUCAAAUCUCAAUACUCACCAGAAAUCUCAUACUGGAGAGAAAUCUUAUAUAUGUGCUGAAUGUGGGAAGGCCUUCACAGACAGGUCAAAUUUCAAUAAACACCAGACAAUUCAUACUGGAGAGAAACCCUAUGUUUGUGCUGAUUGCGGGAGGGCCUUCAUCCAGAAGUCAGAGUUAAUUACACAUCAGAGAAUCCAUACUACAGAGAAGCCUUAUAAAUGUUCUGACUGUGAGAAAUCCUUCUCCAAGAAACCACAUCUCAAAGUACAUCAGCGAAUUCACACAGGAGAGAAACCAUAUAUAUGUGCAGAAUGUGGGAAAGCAUUCACUGACAGGUCAAAUUUCAAUAAACACCAGACAAUUCAUACUGGAGACAAACCUUAUAAAUGUAGUGACUGUGGAAAGGGCUUCACUCAGAAAUCAGUUCUGAGUAUGCAUCGCAAUAUUCAUACAUGAAAGUAACCCUGUUUCUUGAAAAUGAGAAAGCCUUAUCACAGAAAUCAGGUCUAAGUGUGUAUUAUAAAAUUCAACUAAGACAGAUCGUAUAUGAAUACAUUGUAUAAUAAAAAGAAUUCGUCAGGCUCUUUCACCGGAGAUGAGAAAAAUUAUUCAGAAGAGACCCUCUAAGAAUGCAUUGAAUGAAGGGGAAUUUCCAUAAUUUCACGGCCUCACAAAAUACAAUAGAAUUCAUACUGGGGGAAAAUGCUGUCAGUUUGAGGCAUUCGGAAAAGCCUUCCUGUAGAAAGUAUUAUAUAAGGCAAGUUACUACCAGAUUCUUUAUAGAUGGAGUACACAAAAUUAUAUAAAUGGCAGUAGUGUUUACUGUGUUUUAUUAAGCAAUUUAAAGUGGCAACCAAAUGAAAGGUAGGACAACAAAAUGAUAUAUUUGAUGUGUAGACCUGCUCUCAGUUCUGUAGGGUGUUUGUAGCAGAACACAUUGUACCAUGGGAAGAAUAAUGAAUUGAAAUUCUGGUUUUUUGGAUUUAAUGUAAUUGUGUCUGUCACAUAUGUUUCCUAUUGAAUAUUUUGUUCAUUUGAAUCCACGAUUUUAAAGUCAUUAUGGUUUUAUAUAUACACAUAUCUACUGACAUAAUUUUACACAAACACAAAAAUAUAAUCCUAUCAUACUGGUUUCCAUGACAUCAUAUUUUUAUCUUCCUUCAUUGUGGUACAAUGCAAAAUAGCCACAGAUCUCUUCCAUCCUUUUCUGCACACCACCCCGCUUUUUAAUAUUACUUUGUUGUUUUUCUUAUUAAGAGGUAGAGAGCUCUCUCUCUACUUCUUGACUCUGAACUUGGCCAUGUGACUUGCUUUGGCCAAUGUACAUUAACAAAGAGAUUCAAGAAGAUGCUGGAGAAGUGUGAAAAGCCUGCCUUGAGGCUUACCCUCUCUUGCUGCUCUUUGGAAUUCUGAGACCUUUGUAUGAAGAAGCUCAGAUUGCUGAGGGAUGAGAAACCAUAUGGAACAAAGAUGAGCCAGCCCAGCUGAAGCCCCUUAGACCAAAUGCCAGACAUGGGAGUGAGGCCUUCCUCAACCUCCAGCCCCAGCCAUGCCGGCCCACACCAGAAGAGCCACACCAGUUAUCCCAGCCAACCUGGAGAAUUAUGAGACAAAUAAAAUGAUUAUUGUUUUAAGCUACUAAGUUUGGGGUAGUCUGUUGCACAGCAAAUGCUAAGUAAUACCUAAAAAUGUAUGCCUACUGGGGGUAUUGUAUCAAAACAUAAGACAUAUGGCAUUAGCUUUGAGCCUGGGCAGCAGGUGGAGACUGGAAAAACAAUGAGGAAAACUGUUAAAGUCUGGAAAAGAUGGCAGUCUGUGCUGUUUAGUAAGGGGAAAAAAUAGCAAAACAGUCACCAUGCUCUGUGGAAAGAUAGAGAAUGUACUAGAUGAACUUGUGGAUCUGGCUAAAGAGAUUUCCAACAGAAUGUUGGAAGUAUCAGUUUGCUUCUUUUAGCUGUGUGUGAUAAGGUACAGAAAGAAAAAUAACUAUUCCAUUCAGAAGAAAUACCAGAAAAGCCAGAACUUGGCUGGUUUGGAAAAUAACUGUUUCACAUCUUCAGUCUCUCCAGCCAUCAAAACAUUUUCAAGGUGAAAAAAUGGCCACAGGGUAGAGAUCAAAUCGUAGAUGUGGCUGUUAAGACCCUUUGUUAAAAUGUGUGAAAUAUUUAAGUUGGUGUUUGGGAGACCCUCUCAGCUAAGCUAAAAGCUUCUAAAAACUUGACAACAUUGUCCCAGUAGCCUGACACACUGCUCAAAGUAGGGAGGGCCCUGUCUUAAAAAGAAUUGUUGAUGUUGUAUUUGGGACAUGGAGUAAAUACAAACCAGAUCCAUAGAAACUUGUAACAUUUUUAAUGAGUUUUACUAGCAAAACUACCUCCAGGUUGGACUUAAAGAGACUGAAACAGUCCAAAAUGAAAAGUGGCCUCUGGACUCCCCUGUCUAACUUCUGUGAACAGGAAGCAAGCUGAGAAAGUUACUCAGCUGCAAACAUGGGCCAUUUCUUACGGGAAAAGAAGGCCAUCUCAGAGAGAAGACCCAAGAACAAUGUACUAAA